UUACAUCAAGUUGCUUUAUAUUUUGCUAACGAUCUAUCUAACCCUGUACCACAUCAACCUUAACAAUCUCUAAAACCAAAAACAGACUUGAAAAUAUACGGUUUGCCUGGUGCUUGUGGUGUGUGAGUGUGUUUUGCGGUUGCAAGGAUGCCCCAACUAUUUCAUUUCGUAGCUGAGCACUUCAAGGAGAGCCUUAUGUUAGGCGGACAAUCCCAGCACAUGGUCGCUGGUCGACUGUGUCAAUAUUUGAAACCCUGGCAAUUGGAGGGCCUAAGAUUUCUCUAUAAGAACCACGAAAAGGGAGAAGCUUGUAUUCUGAAUGACGAGAGUGGCCUAGGAAAGGUUGUCACUGUUUCAACGUUCCUAGGAUCAAUCCUAACCAAUGACACCACCAAAAAGUGUUUGAUUGUGGUUCGGGACGAGCAAGUUAUAGAAGAAUGGCGAUUCCAUUUGAGUGUGCUGACACAUUUGACAGUUAAAGUGAUCGAGAAAACAACUGACAUCAACUUUGAAACGGUGUUUCUUAUCAAAUGGAGUACCUUGAAGAAUAUCGUUGAAAUUGAUAAAAUAAAAUUUGAUCAUAUCAUCGUCGAUAACCGCGGGGAUAUGCUAAAUAACAAGUUUUGUACUGGAAUCCUGCUGAGAUAUUUUGAAAACAAAACAACAAUAAUCAUAUCCAGUACUGAUGUCACGUCCGAUAUAAAACUCCUGCACAUUCUUCUGAGGCUUUGUGGUCGUCUGGAAAGACAGUUUGUAGACGUUAAUGUAUUUGAAAAUAAGUUUCAAUUGCCACAGCUUCAUGAAGGUGUUAGUAAGAAAGUUGACUUGGAGGAUUAUUUCUUAAAACGUGAAAGAGUAAUUAAUUUCUGCCGAGAAUUUCGCCUGAGACGCUAUUGUCAUCAAUUCGAUGAACAAUUCCCAAUUGUGUCAAAAAAUGAAUUCCAACGGCAUCUCGAGCAGUGGCAAUUGCAAAAUAAAAAUUCUCUUAGUUCUGGAUCUGUAAAACUAUUAAGCUCUUCGUCAGAGAAGGACACUGAGGAAUUAUUCAAAGAAUAUUUUCAGGUUAAAAAGGAACGUGAAAUCUGCCGACUGGAUGAGGAGGUGCAACGAAUCAAUGAAAAUACCCGUGCAAUGGAUGAUGAGGAUGCUGCAGCAAAUAUCUCUGAUGAUUUGGUUGUAAUGUCGCCGUUGGUAUUGGUUUCCGAAUCAGAAACUGAAUCCGAAACUGAUGAUGAUCAAACUCAAAUACAAAAAGAACGAAAUAGUCAAUUUAUCGAAGAAAUAAAAGAUACCGAGGAUGAUAUACGAGAUAAAGUUAAACAGUCAAAAGGUUCAGAAAAUAUCUGCCAAAAGAAUCGAAGGAAAUCCGAAAAGCCUGUGAAGACUCCACCAAGCAGCAAUAAGAAUAAGAUGCUGUUGGAUGAUAAGAAAAAACUUAGAUCUCGGACAUUGACAAGUCCAAAAAAACCUUUACCAAUAAGCACAAGAUCUAGAAAAUAUUUGGAGACUGAAAAAGAAAAGGUUGACAGUGCUGAAAAGCAUAAAAAAGACAAGGAAACUGAAAGGCGACUCAAAAAGCAAGAAAAUGUUAAAAAAUCUAGUAAUAAAUACGAAGAAAAGACAAAAGCAAAUAAAGAGCUCGGUAAUAAGAAAUUAAAAGAGAACCAAGAGAAGCAAAAAGGUACUAUUUCUAAAAAAGAUGAUGAAAAGAAGAAUAUCAGCUUCAAGACAAACCACGCGGACAGCGAAAGUUAUUCGUCCAAAAAGAAAGAUGAGCAGACAAAUAUUUCGAAUGGCCUAACACCUGAAAAAAGUUCAAAGAAGAAACAAAAUGAAGCUACAAAAGAAGUUCUAUUAGCUAAAUCAAAAUCAGUCCCGGAAACACCGAAAUUAUUGAGGCCAGUUCGAACAAAGCUCAGAUCAGACGAAGAUGAAAGGGACGAUAAACAGCAAAAAAUAAAAACACCUUCAAGAGAAGAUAACGAAAUUCAAUCAAACAAAGAGAUCCAAAAAAACGGAAAAGACAAAAGCAAUAAGAUAAUUGAAGACAAAGAUAACAGAAAAGAUGAAAACACACCUAAAGUUAGUUCAAAACUGGUUUCAACUAUUAGCCUCAUGCUGGAGGAAGCUCAAAAGUUUGUUCGUAAUGAAAAUAUUGGAAAAAGAACAAAUAACUCAAAACCAAGAAAUAGACGUUCUAAAAAACUUGAAGUGCCAAAAAUCGGAACAAUAACAAUAGAAGACACAGAAAGUUCUAACAGAAGCAUUUCGACUUCAAAGAAUACCCAGACUCCAACAGAAACCAGAAAACAAGCAGCAAACAGCAUCAAAAAGAACACAUAUAGAUUGACAGAGUUAAAGCCUGUCGGAGUUCAUAGUAUAUCUACUCGUGGCAUGCAACGCCACACACGAUCAAAUCCAGGCGCGAGUAAAUACAUGAGAGUAAUGAUUAAACAGGUUGGUAUAGAGAAGAAAUCUUCACCAAAAGGAAUUUCAAGACGUCGUAAGUCUGUUGUUUUAUUGAAGAGAGUCUCUCCACAAACAAAACCUCCGAAACCACCUUCACCUACGCCGCCGGUUAUAAGCGAGAGCCCUGCCGAAAGUAUACAACUUGGUCAGGCCCUCACUCCAACAAAUAGUCUCGUAGUUUCAGACUUUGUCGCACCUGAGCCAAGAAACUUCAACUAUAAUUUCCCAUUGAUGCUCGACAGAGAGACAUCUGAUUCUGAAUGUCAAAUUGCCUCCCAGAGCAGUAACGUCCAAGAAGUCAUUGUGCUCACAGGUUCUUCAACCAAUGAACGAGAAAUGGAACCACCUAAGAGUACGGUAUCGCGUCGGAAGGUAAUGUCCAAGCCACCAAUGGUAACAAUCCCUAGGCCAUUCUUCAACAAAGCAAAAUCACCAGAUCUCUUUAGUACUUGUAGUGACCUGAGUCUGCCUUGUUCACAGCAACAGACCAACAAAACCCAUUUUGAAGGGUUUAAAAUCUUUGGUUCUGAGUUACGCCAACCAGCCAAAUCACGUUCAUGUUUGGAUAUCCUCGAACGAAUGCUUGAACCUCGGAGUGGAAUAAUUGCUGGAAAGAAAACCACCCCGACCCCGACACCACAAGAAAAGCCAAAAAGCUCUUCCCAUCAGCACUGCGUCGAAGAUGAAGAUGCCAUGUUCGAGAUAACUACGAAUGGCACAUUUGGAAAUUCAGUUCGAAUUAACUCAAACGGCGAGAUGUCUCCAAUACGCAACAAAAGCCAAUCAACCCCACCUACUUCUGGUCAUCCCAAAAACAGAAUUACCAAUUACCUGAUUAGCAACAGUCAGCAUACCAGCAUUCUAGCUCAACCUUCGCCUCCAUCCCUAGACGACAUAACUGAUCUCUUGCCGAAAACACCCAAACGACGAAAAUCAAUGUCUGGAAAUGUGAAACGUUCGCCACGAUCCCUCAACAAUAGUGGUCUAUUAGGAGGAGGAAGUGGAAAAUCGCAAUCAACGAAGCUGACACAGUGGCUAGUGAAAAACUCGAAUUCAGAGAUUAAAAACACAGAAUCGCUUAUCAAACCCCAAUCAACUAAAAGAAGACGCCUGGAUUUAUCAUUUCCAGACAAAUAGUUCAUUAACAUUAGUUUUAGUCAGAAUUAUUACAAAAAAAGCAAAAAGAAUUCAAAAACUCAAUAUCAAACCUAAAGAAAUAGGUUCCGCUGAGUACAAUAUUACUUAUUCAAACAUUAAAAAUGUUGAAUUUAAAAACUGUUUAUUUAAAACAAAAAAAUAAUAAGAUAUGCUUCCGAUACACACAACCCCUCCCCAUGUAGUUAGUAAUAGUUUGAAUUUAACCCAAAUUAACAAAAAUUAAGAGAAAAACAAAA